AUGACGGUAGACGAAAUUUUAAAAUAUAGUGGAAAUUUCGGACCUGCUCAAUGGUGUUUAUUAUCAUUAUUUAGUUUAGUUAAUAUUUUUGCAUCGUUUCAUUAUUUUUCUCAAACUUUCAUAACUAUAACACCUAAACAUUCGUGUUAUGAAACAAAUUCAACAGAAAAUGAUUUCAUUCAUAAUUCAACAAAUUCAUAUUUUCUCUAUUGGGAAUUCGAAACGUUAACUAGUGAGCUUAAUUGGAUUUGUGAAAAUGGAUGGAAAUCAGCUUUCGUUCAAUCAACAUUUUUUAUAGGUUCAGUAAUAGGUACUCUAAUAUUAGGUUCUCUUUCUGAUAUAUACGGACGAAUACCGAUGUUAUUCAUAGCUAACAUAUUGGCCGUAUUUGGUAAUUUAUUGACGGUUUAUUUAAAUCCUAAUAUAUGGAAUUUAAGCAUAGCUAGAUUUAUUUCCGGUUUGGCAUCAGAUUCUAAUUUUUUUAUGAUGUAUAUUAUAGUUAUGGAAUAUGUUAAACCCAGUAUGAGAACUUUCGGUUUGAAUUUUUGUAUUGGAUUAUGGUAUUGUAUAGGAUGUAUGAUAACUCCUUGGUUGGCAGUUUUGACAAAAAAUUGGAGAACUUUUUUACUAAGCAUAUCUAUACCGAGCCUGAUUAUUCCCCUAUCCUGUUUUUUCAUACCGGAAAGUGCACAAUGGUUGCUUAGUGUGGGAAGAACUGAUGAUGCCAUGACUUGUUUUAAAAAAGUUGCUCGUAUUAAUAAGAAAAAAAUCCCAUCGGAUUUAUUAGAACAUUUUAAAUCUACUGUCAAUAAUAAUAAAACAUUUGUGAGAAAAUCAAGUUUAUGGGACCUUUUUAAAACUCCUAAAUUAAGACGUAAAACAUUCAUUUUAAUUUUUAAAACAAUAGUUCUAAGUCUUUGUUACGAUGCAAUUUCUAGAAAUAUUGAAGGAUUAGGUUUGGAUCCUUUUACGGUUUUUACAAUAACAUCGGCAUCGAUAUUACCCUCAUGCAUUACAAUUUUAAUUUGGCAAGAUAAAUUAGGACGUAAAAUUUUGGCCAUAUUAUUUUUACUCCUUACUGGAUUAUUUAAUUUUAUACAGGGAAGCGUUUUAGUUUUUUGUAAAAAAGUAGUUUUUAUAGCUGCCAUUGUUGGUCUAUUCGGACGGUUUUCGGUAAACAUAGCCUAUAAUUCAGGUACUCAAUAUGCUGCAGAAUUGAUUCCUACUCAAGUUAGAGGACAAGGACUUGCGGUGAUGCACGCUGUUGGUUACGCGGCAACAUUUUUCAGUUCGCAAAUAUUAUAUUUGGGCAAUUUUUGGAUUGCUACCCCUCAAAUAAUAUUAGGAGUUCUUUCAAUAACCGGAGCUAUUUUUUGCCUGUAUUUACCAGAAACGUUGGGCAAAGAUCUACCUGCUACAUUACAAGAUGGCGAAGUUUUUGGAGAAAAAGAAAAAAUGUGGGAGUUUUUAAAAUUAAAAAGAAAAGAUAGAAGAAAAUUUUAA